CGCCCGCACCUUCAUCGACCACUUUCUCGCAUCCUUCCAUCUCGCCCGUGACAGCAGCCACGUCAAAUACACCCGGUGCGACGAUCAACACUGCCAUCGACACCAACCAGCCGGGUGGUUCGAUCACAGAACGAUUGUCUUAUUCUGGCCCCAUUUCUCAACCAUCUGGAUCGGUACCCUUGUCGUAUACGGAUGACCUUACGAUGUCGACUUACUUCACUGACUAUUCGGACCUCGCCGGUAUGAGCGAAUUCUUCGAUGUGCCGUUCCAGGAUUAUCUUGAUAUGAGUGCAGGAAGUGGAGGUGACAUGGAUGAUGUACCUGUUACAUCCUAAUGUUUUUGGUCUGGACACUGGCACCGUCUCUUAUGUCUCUUUGUAUUAUCCCAGCGCCAGCGCCUCCCGACAUCCCCCCGGUUUUUCCUUCCCAGAUAUCCCCUAGUCCAUCUGUUAUACAUCAAUUCGUCGCAUGUUUGAGGAAAGGAGUAACUGUUCGUGUGGCUUUUUGUGUUUUUAAACUCCAAUCCGUUUUCUUGUAUCUCUAUCACCUUUACACACAUUGUGAGUCUUUUUUCGCGUUUGCUGUUUUCGCGUUUUUUUACUCUUGCCCUCUAUUUUCACCUUAUUAUCAUACAAUAGUUGCUUUUGUCUCUUUGAUUUGUUGAUUUGCUGAAUUUUCUUGGUCGCAUCGUACCGCGCGUGAUUUGGCUCCGC